CCGCACAGAGCAAUUGCUGGGACCUGGUUGUGCGAGAAGCACGAGCUAGCGGCAUCUGGCAGCUUCAUGGUUUUGUCCCGCAAUCGCGCAGGGCCAAUUCCAACGACCGCAAGCCGCAAGCAAGUCGCAAGCAAGCCGCAAGCCGCAAUCGCAAUAUCGACAUUGUCAACUGUCUAGGUGUCUGAGUCGAAGUUGAUUUGGUUCCUUGUCCCAAGAGAGGGGUGCACGACGUUUGUCGACUUCUGGUGCGGCGCUUCAGGCACAGUUUCGAGCACCAGGUAUAUCUACCCAUCCACGAAUGGGCGACACUCGACCCCGAAGAGCCUGCACUACCAGAACCUGGCGUGACUUGUACAAUCACAGGCCUGUGAAGUAUGAUGCCGAGUGCAAGUACGGGAGGUCGCCAAAGAAGAAAGGUCGCUUCAGUCCCAUGCGAACACGGAGCUCUGAUUUGCGGGCAAUCACAGACUGUCGAGCUAUCGAGCUGCAGCCAGAGGAAAUACCCAAGAACCGUUCAAGACUUUUUGCACUUCCAUCUCCGGCCUCAAGCGAUAUACAUGCGAUGGACACGCCUGGCCCGCUAGCUAGUCAACGGCCACCGAGUGCGCUGCGGACCCCACCACCGAGUCUCAGGCUGACGCUUCGUUAUCGCAAACCCAGUUCAGCACUCUCUCUAAGUAUCUCAUCCUUGACUACUUCCUCAGGUGCAGACGAGCCAGACACAGAUGACGAUUCGCCCGAGAUCUCUACUUCGCGCAUCGCUGCAGAGCGACUUUUCGACUUGCCACGAGACUCGCUCGGGCUUCAAGAUGUCGAAACCACGCCGCCGUGUAGUCUGCCAGUAGAGUCAUUCCAACCGAGCUCGACACCGCGUCCUGUGCUUGGACGAUGUGAUGAGAUUGAGCUCUCCAUUGGCAGGCUCGAGGCAACGGUCAAGGAGAGCCGCCUUCACAUGGAAGCGCGACUGGAUGCAUUAGUGAUGAAGCUUGAGCACGUUUCCAAUACACUGGAAGCUUCCGUACAAGAAAUUGUGGAUGCUGGACGACAGGAUGCAUGGAAGAAUCAACAAGCCAUACUGGCUUUGUUAAGACAGCUCGUUGGCGACUCCACUAUGUCUGUGCCUCUCACUACGCCGAAGUGAUCUGAGAUUUGCUUUCUAUGUGUAGCGACUGUUCAGUCUCAUGUUCAUAAUUUACCAAGACGUGAAGCGCCCGAGAUGGCAUAGACCUCGCCGUUGGCGUAGGUGUUCUCAAUCAAACUACGGGCCAUGUGACCAAACUCAGCAGCAUUGCCGAAUCGCUUCGGGAACUCAAGCAUCGACUCGAGUGCUUCCCUAGCCUUGUCGGGCGUGCUCUUGCCCAUGUUGGUAUCAAAAAGCGACGGAGCAAUUGUCACGGUGCGGAUGCCAAUCUUGGCCAUAUCACGAGCCUAUCGUUAGUGA